AGCUAUUUAAAGCAUUUACCUAUAAAAAACCUUUGCCUAUAUAUAGAGCUUGUGUCUAUCUAUACUUAUUGUUCUUCUUCAAAAAAAGAAAAAAAAAAAAAAAAAAACCUUCCUCUUUGAAAUGGAGAAUGAGAAUUUUUAUGAAAACAUGGAAAUCUGCACUGUGAAAUGGAGAUCGACUUGCAGGAUUUCGCUUCUUCUUCCUGCCAAAUGGAAGUUAUUACUGCUUUCAUUUAAAGAUACAUCAAGAGUGUAUCAAGGGAACAAUGGACGUGCUUGGAACGUCAAGGUGUUGAGUGUGGAGGAGAUACAGGCAAUUCUGGAGGAUUUUUCAUUGAUCAAGAGUGGCAGGACUUUGUGGAUAGAAAUAAUUUGGUUGUUGGUGAAAAUCUGCAUGUGUAUUAUAAGAAUAAAACUUUUUACAAUAGAGUUUUUGAUAAUGAUGGUAAUGAAAGGCUUCCUACCGAAGCCGAAAAUGGUAUUUAAGAUGUAGUACUAUUAGUUUGUUUCGGUCUUGAAAUGUUAUGUAUUAUGUAUUAUUAUCACUACUUUAUUAAUAUAAUAAAAUAAAUAAAAUGAUGUAUUAUGUAUUUUAUAA